UCGCACUGUCUCAUGUCCCGCUGCAGUGCAGUGUGUCAGAGCCCUGCACCAGAGCACAGCACACCCGCCCCGCUGUAGUGUAUCAGAGCUAUCCCUCACCGUGUCCCGCUGCAGUGCAGUGUGUCAGAGCAGCACAGCACAGCACACCCGCCCCGCUGUAGUGUAUCAGAGCUAUCCCUCACCGUGUCCCGCUGCAGUGCAGUGUGUCAGAGCCGUCCCGCACCGCUCCGUCCCGGGGAGCGAAGGCACUGACUGCCGACCCUUUGCCCAGGUCGCCCUGACUUGCAACCGAGCCCUUCGCCGGACGCCCGGCUCCGCCACAGACUGCCCGAGCAGUUGCUGCAGCAAUGAUGAAUCGCAAGGGAAUGGUGGCCAAGAUCCUUUGCCGAAUACGGACCGACCCUUUCAGCAGCAACUACACGCUGCUGGGCAAGGAGCUGGGGAGGGGAAAGUUUGCAGUCGUCAAGAAAUGCAUGGAGAACGCCACGGGAAAGGAAUACGCAGCCAAGUUCUUACGGAAACGAAGGAAGGGCCAAGAUUGCCGCAUGGACAUUAUCAAUGAGAUCGCAAUCCUUGAGAUAGCGAAGAGCAACUCGCAUGUGGUGGACUUGCACGAAGUGUACGAGACGACUUCGGAAAUCAUCCUCGUGCUGGAAUAUGCUGCUGGCGGGGAGAUCUUCAACCAGUGUGUCGCCGACCGAGACGAGGCCUUCAAAGAGAAUGACGUUAUUCGGCUGGUGUGUCAGAUCCUGGAUGGAGUAGCCUAUUUACAUGGGAAGAAUAUUGUUCAUCUAGACAUCAAGCCACAGAAUAUACUGCUUACAAGUUGCAAUCCUCUGGGCAACAUUCGGAUUGUGGACUUUGGACUAUCCCGACGGGUGGACACCAUUGAAGAGAUCAAGGAAAUUACUGGGACUCCUGAAUACGUAGCUCCUGAAAUACUAAAUUAUGAAGCAAUCAGCACAGCUACGGAUAUGUGGAGUAUCGGUGUGUUGGUUUAUGUUAUGCUGACAGGCAGUUCGCCUUUCCUUGGAGAUGACAAGCAAUCCACAUACCUCAAUAUUUCCAAAGUAGACGUUGACUAUUCAGAGGAUAUCUUCGAAGGUAUCUCUGAACUGGCUUUAGACUUCAUUCAGGCUCUCCUCAUUAAAGAUCCCAGGAAAAGAGCAAAGGCUGAACAAUGUCUCAACCACCCGUGGCUCCGUCCCGAGACAGAAGUGACCAAGCCCCUGACCGAGUCAGAGGAGGAACAAUCCGAGUCUGAGCCCAGCACUCCUGAUGCUGAGGAGCUGGUGCUAAUGGCCUCCUACACACUGUGCAGGCAGUUGGACAAGGACGUUGAAAUAGAGCGGACGGCUGUGCACAAACAGUUCCAGUUCAAGGAACCCUUCACGACGUUGCGGGAUUUCCUGAGCGCUUAACGCGUACCGGACUGCUAACAUGCUGGUUUCAAGCCCUCCACGCAGAGCACAGUGUUUACCUGUUGCUCAGAGUGCUCUGUGGCUGAAUGCUCUGCAGGCUUUCAUUACCUUGGACAAUUAAACUUUUUAUCGAGCUUCAGCCUGGUGUGAUAUAGAGCACGCAGCCUGAAUUGGGCACACGGGGGGGGGGGGGGGGGGGGGGGGGAGGUGGUUCCCUCUUAAGCCUAGUGAUGGAGCUGAGAGAGUGGUACAGGGAAAUCCUAGUUAAAAGUCACAGAUAAUCAGACCAGUGAAUCGCAGUGGUUGAGACAAUUGCAGUGGUUGAGACAGGUGAGGUCUGUGCCACAGAUGGUGUUUGAAAUGCCAGUCUGGUGGUGUUGGGCUUUCUCACUGUUUCUCAGCAGCUUGGUUCUACCAGUCACAGUCAAUGAUUUUUUUUUUUUUUUUUUAAGGCACUUCUCAGUUAAGCAAAAUAAAAUCUUGCAUUACAUUUGAAUAUAAUUGGAUUUUCUGAUGGAAGGCGUCUGUUUGGCGUAACAGGAAAUAGUUCUUUACGCUGACGACUAUCCCUCUUGCACCCCACUCUCCAAACUAGUUUGAUAUUUCUUCCUAAUUACAAAGGAAAAUAAUGCGUUGUAUUUAAGAUGCCUUUUACCAAUAUGUAAGGCCAGCAAAGGUCGGUUUUGAUGCAAAAAAACCCUUAUUGUUGCACUGUAGUUUACAAUGAUAGCUCUGCAUGCUUUGUGCAAUACUCGGUUCCACUUCAAUUCGCCUUCUGCUCUGUCCCAUUAUAACGUCUGAUUACCAUUUCCCUGCAAUCAUAAAAUACUCAGCCAUGGCUCUUUUUUUAAUCAAAUUAGGAAGGAGAUCCAAAAUAAGAUUGAGGAAGUCUAAACUCCAAGUCUAGGGAUAAACAUUAAUUGCAGUUCUGUGGCUACAAGAUAUUCAAUGCAAAUUUCCUUGUAAGGCAAUACAUUGGAAUGUGCUGUGCUUCAAUGAAAUAAUGGCACAUGAAGCAUGAUUGCACAUUUAAUUGUCUUUCACGGGCCAUGGGAAUAGGUGUGCCUUUUUUCCCCCCUCUUAUUUAUUGUAUCCUGAUGGUUAAAAUAACCAUUAUUGAAAGAUUUUUAUCAGGGGAUUAAAGCACGAUUGUUUUUCUCCCUUAACAGAAGUCUCCAGAAACAUAUCUUCAUUGAAAUUCUCGUGGUUUGACACCUCUAGUGGUUAUUGACAUGCGGCUCAUAUCUUCCUAUUAUAAAUUAAGCACACGCACAUCGUAGAGCCCUUUGACUGGUGAGCCAGGUACCAGGUAUGUUCAGGUGUUAGAAAAUGUGUGUGGAUUUUGAGACUGUUCAACACCUGGCUGGGGGAGCAGGGUAUGAAGGAGCGUCUGUGAGGGGCCCAUGUAACAGACUUGUCACCUGACACUUUAUUUUGGUGACUGAAACAAGGCGAGGUAUUUACAAUGUGUAGGAAAGUACUGCACAAAGAUGCUGGUUCAUACUGAAGAUAGACACAAAGUGCUGGAGUAACUCAGCGGGUCAAGCAGCAUCUCUGGAGAAAAGGAAUAGGUGACAUUUCGGGUCUGAAGAACCGUUCUGGCCCGAAAUGCCACCUAUUCCAUUUCUCCAGAGAUGCUGCCUGACCCACUGAGUUACUCCAGCACUUUGUGUCUAUCAGAGGUACUCACAAGUUUGUCAUUGUUGGACGGUAAGGGAUUCACUUUGUAGGGUGGGCUGCUUUAGCGUUUCACCAAUGAACUGCAAGACUGGGCUGCUGUCGUUCACUUUAUCUGAGGCACAAAUAUUCAAGGAUUGUGUGGUAUUGGCAACAAUGCUUUUAGGUAUUAUUAUUUAAUUCUGACCUAAUUUGCACAUUCAAAGUGAGCAUUCCGUGAGGGAUACAUUUUUUUGGAGAAGAAACGUAUUUUACUUUGAACAAAUAAACAGGCAAUGUUAUCUGCAUGAUUGAAUCUCCCUUAAAAGGCAAACUGCAAAAGUAUGGAGACCUCGAUUGCAUGUUUGAAUGUAUUGCACGGAGGUCUUUUGCCACAUGGGUGACAGGAGAUCUCCCCAAACACAAGUGAGAGGUGUCUCACCAACAUUCCUGUUGUACAGCAGAGCUCAAAUAUUUGAAAAUGAGAAGGAAUUUUGUAUUGUAUUAUAUUUUCAAUGGUUGAAUAGAAUUAUCGGGGAAUUAUUUAAACAUGUUCUUCGGCAGAAACCAUUGUCCAAUUGUGGUAACUGCACUGAACUGAUAAGGAUGCCUUUUGUUUGAGGUUUUGGGCAAGUGCUUGAAUGUAAUCUGCUGGUUGGUCAGUGCCAGUGCAGGAAGGUGUUUUCCAACAGAUCGCAUUCACUUGCUUGCCACCGAGCAGACACAACAAGCAGGCUCUCUGGAGAACUUGUGUACUGUGACCAUGAGGGAGGGGCAUGAAGGGAGCAGGCACAGCAUCCAUGGCGCCCUGAGGCAACCCUGGCAUGCAGUUGCUUCAUUGACCAGUCAACCCCAGAGUUUCAUUGCCGGUAUACUUUCAUGUCCUAUGACAAAAUUGUAGUGUUAUUGACAGAGACGAAGGAGUGUCUUAAGAUCCAUAUGUUUUAAGCAAAGCACGUGUGAUAUCUGUAAAACAAGUUGAGGGAUAUUGCUUAAGUUAAAAAAAAAACGCCAAAAAAACUGUUGUUUAUUAAUGCCACGUUUAAUUUGGUGAAGACAUCAGCCUGAUGUUUUUCUCAAAGUCACUGUCCUAUUUAUUUUAAAUGUAUUAAGGAUGAAAUUGCAAACAGGAGUUUUCUGUCAGUUAGUGUAGCUUCAGACUCUUAUUUCAAUUCUGUUGUCGCACAGGCAUUUUACCACAGUCAAAGCAAAUGCCCCCCUCCAUUUUGUUAAGCCAGUUAGACAUUUAAAGAAACAAAAAUAUGAUACUUAACUGUUCGGGUUCCAAUAGCAAGGAGAAUAGAUUUUGUGUGUGUGUGUGUCUCAAGAAGAUAAGAACAGUCGGGGCCAGUUCCUGGUCUCCAGGCUGCUGAUUGCAGCCGUAAGUGGCCCAGAGCAGUCAAGAGGCGACACCUCAAAUUGAUCAAGUCUUACAAUAUAUACACCACCUCAAUGCAGCAAAAAGGACUAGUUUGGAGAUUAAAAAGGCCGGCAAUGGAAAGAUUAUUAGAUCCUUGUCUAGAGCAGAUUGAUUAGAAGGAAAUAUCCCUUCUGCUCAUGAUACAAUUAUAGCUUGUUUCUUUUGCAAAGGAAAAAAGUGACAUUUAUUUAGAACAAUCAGGUUGUUAAGUAUUCACAAAGUUCACAAUUAACUACUGAAAUUCCACUGGAGGGUUGGUGAUUCCUUGGUGUAAAACAUUUGUUGGACCAAAUCUUUGAACUGUAAUAAUUGUAUUGUUAUUUCAUUUAAAAUGCUGUCAAUGUAUCAAUUAUCCACGAAUAAUAUAAUGUACAGUUUCUUCAUGCAAUAAUCUCGAUAGCCAAAACUGAUGACAAAGGUACUGUUUGAUGUUUAUCAUGUAAUGUGUUGACUUUUUUUACAAUAAAAUAUUAUGCAAGUUCA